CCACGCCUCACGUGACCGAGAGUCUAUCUUCUCAUUGGCUGGAAAGAUCAAAUGACGUAAGAGGAAAACACGGUGAAGGAAAAAAAAAAUAAGUUUCCUGCACGAUUCCGUUCCCUCCACGUGUCCGGUCCACUGCUCCUGUCCGGUUUGUUUACUUGCAGAGACCUCAGCUCCGAGCUGGAAGAUGUCUGAAGAGAGUCCACAUGAGGGGGGGCAGCCCCAGUCCACCCAGUCCCAGACCCAAUCCACCCAGGCCCAGUCCACCCAGUCUCCAUCCCAGGUCCAGUCCACCCAGUCUCCAUCCCAGACCCAGUCCACCCAGUCUCCAUCCCAGGCCCGGUCCACCCAGUCUCCAUCCCAGGUCCAGUCCACCCAGUCUCCAUCCCAGACCCAGUCCAAGUCCCAGACUGGUUCCAGUUCUUCCAGCGGCCCGACGUCUUCCAGCGGCUCGGGGACUCUGAGCAGCGUGGACACCAUCCCCGUUACGCUGGCGUCCGUCCCCGAGGAGCCGGAACCUCAACCCUGGGGCCGCCUGCUGCCCAUGGCCCGGGGCUUCAGGAGCCUCGACUACCUGGAGGACCAGUACCUGUUCUGACCCGGUUCUCUCUGUUCCAGACUACCUGGAGGACCAG